AAAGAAAAAACAAAACAGUAAAAGGGUACAUUACAGAAUUUCAAAAAAAAAAAAAUAAACUAAGAAAUCACUGAUGAUUUUUGUUUUAGUAUCAGACAUAAUACACACUGCAUUACCCAGUUCGUUUUAUACAUAUCUCAGCUGGACGGCCUACUUAGCACUCAACGAUACUGCAACAUCGAUAUAUAAACCUAAAAUAAGCAUACACACUUCCUGUGUAUCCUGCCCCUAAAAGAACAGGAGAAAACGCUCAAAUUACCUUGAAACCCUCCCACCGUUCCAGGCCCUUCCCUUUGACCCAAAGGCCAAGGGUUCGGUCUCCUAGGAGACCACAUUUAAUCUCUCACGCAUGCGCACAGCCUAGAUCUGGCUGAUGCAACCUUCUGCGAGCGAGCCGCCCACCGAGAGUAAGGAAGCCGACAGGGACAUCUGGCAAACCAAUCGGCUGCCACGCGGAAGUGUGAGGAAAGACCCGCCCCACAGGGCUUUGCGAAAUAUGUGUUGCGCCCUGCUGGUGGCGCAGAGUCCCGCCGUCCUUUGGCUCAUCCGGUAGCUCGAGAGUGGUGCACCCUCGGCGCCUGUUCUGCGGCCAUUUUGGACUUCGCUUCCACCCUCCCUGCUCUAUCUACGCAGCCUUCCCUGUCCUGCGCUGUUCCGGGCCUGGUAACGGUCGAUAUCUCUGGGAAAGUGGCCGCCACCGCCGCGGAAGGGCUUCUGUAAAUGUUGAAGAGGUCUCACGCGAACUAGGACGCCUCCUCUUCCAGGAUGGCUCUCGCCUCGGCAGCCGCCUCCAGUGCUAGCCUCUCAGUUUUAUGGUCCGCCGCUCGCUGCCGACGCCGCUGCCGUGUGUGGCUCUCCCACAGGCGCAGGAAUCUGACUACAGCACCGACUCCGCCGCUGGGUAAGGCCUAGACUGUGUAGGCCUCUCUCUCCGAGUCCCGUCAGACCUGCCCGAGAGACUACCUAGAAGCCGGAGAUGGAGCCAGGGACGCCGGGUUCCCGGAAAGGCGCCGCCCCUCGGGCGGGCCCCUGGUUCCGGCUGCCCUUCUCCUGGCGCUCGCGAGCGGUAGCUUCCCACUUCCUGGCGCCUGUCCCAGAGCACAGGGGGGACCCCACACUGCUUUCUUCUGCCCAGCCCGAGGCUCAGACCAGCUCCUUGGCGAAGUUACUUUUUCAGCUCCUCGCCCUGCUCCCCAGCUUGCUGCAGAAGCUGCUGACGUGGAGCCAGCUAUUCGGUGGCUUGAUUCCGACCAGAUGGCUGGAUUUCGCUGGAGGCUUCAGCCUCCUGAGAGCCUUGAGAGGACGAGAGGACGCAGCCGCCCCCGCUGCGAAGAAAAAGUCUGUGAGUUUGCUGCACCCUGACCUUUCAGACAGUUCAGCAGACAGCCCCUUUGAUUGGCUAGGGGAGAGGGACCUCUGGCAGUGUGCAUCCUCUGGUCUAGGGUUGGGGGUUAAAUCCAAGGGAGGAGCUUUGGACCCUUCAGCCCAUGCUUUUUUCCUGGGGCAGCAGCAGUGGGGCAUGGAGCUGUUGCCUGGUGGCCUUGAAGCCCGUCUGUUCUGUAGCCGAGAAGUUGGCUCUGCUCCCUCUGGCUCUCUGAACGUUCAGCGCUUAGACAGUUUCAGCGUAGUCUCCUAUUUGCUGCGCCCCUCCUACUUGGAUUGCCUUGCGGAGCUAGAGCUCAGCUGUGAGAACGGCCCUGGAAGGACCGAGCUAGUUGGUUUCCAGACCCUAACCUCAGAGAGCAGCUGCCUUUCUGAGAAUCCUUGUCAUUCGCAGUCACUCUCUGCAGAGAACUCUGCGGCUUCGUGGCAGGGAUAUCCACCUCUUUCCAGAGGAGGUCUCCCUGAAAUCCACCAUGUUCGUAUGAAACGGCUGGAAUUCCUUCAGCAGACUGGCAAGGGACAAGAAUUACCCACGCCUGACCAAGACAAUGGCUACCACAGCCUGGAGGAGGAGCAUGGUCAGCGGGUGGAUGUGAAACACAGUGCAGGUAUCCCUGCUGGAGCAGUGCCUGGAAACAACCAGGGGUCUGGUGAAGAAAAAAGGGAGCUGUUGACUGAGGAGAUUCCACUUGCUCUGGAAGAACAAGGCCCUCUGGGAAGCUUUCCAUCUGUUGAGGUAGCUGUGGAGAAAGAGCCUGGGGAAGACCAAGUCAGUGUAGUUGACUCUUGUGACAUAGAAGAUGGCCUUCCCCUUUCUGCCAGACCAGCUUGUGGUAACAAAUUGAUAGAUUACAUUUUGGGAGGUGCAUCCAGUGACCUAGAAACAAGUUCUGAUUCUGAAGGUGAAGGUUGGGAUGAGGAAGAGGAGGAUGAUGGUUUUGAUAGUGAUGGCCCACUGUCAGAAUCAGACCUGGAACAAGACUCUGAAGAACUUCACCUUUGGAAUUCUUUCUAUAGUGUAGAUCCUUAUAAUCCCCAAAACUUUACAGCAACAAUUCAGACUGCUCCCAAAAUUGUUCCUGGAGAACCUUCUGAUUCAGGGAAAGAGUUGUCUGACAAGUCAGAUCUAGAGAAUUCUCAGGCUGAUACCUUUCCCGAGACCCCCGAUUCUAGUUCUGAGGAUGAAGAUGACUGGGAAUCCAGUGCAGAUGAGGCAGAGAGUCUCAAGUUGUGGAAUUCUUUCUGUAAUUCCGAUGACCCAUACAACCUUUUAAAUUUUACUGCUCCCUUUCAAACAUCAGGAAAAGAUUCGAAAGACUGUCUUGACUCAAAAAGACUACCUGAGUCCUUGGUGGCCAUUUCUGAGUGUCACAGCUUACUUUCUUAUAAGGGACAACUGUUAGGGCACCAAGAAGAUGAAUGUCCAAAUUUGCUACAGCGUGAGUUUGUAGAAAAACACACAUCUAUCAAAAGAAAGAAGGUAACCUUUGUUGAAGAAGUUACUGAGUAUUACAUAAGCGGUGAUGAGGAUCGCAAAGGACCAUGGGAAGAAUUUGCAAGGGAUGCAUGCAGAUUCCGGAAACGAAUUCAAGAAACUGAAGAUGCUAUUGGAUAUUGCUUGACAUUUGAGUACAGAGAAAGAAUAUUUAAUAGACUUCAGAAAACAUGCUUCAAAGAAUUUAAUGUUUUCCAGCAAUGUUGAAUUGACAGCCUGUUGCCCUAGCAUAUACCACCUCUUUCUUGAGAGGUUUCUUUUAAAAAUGAAUAUUGGUAGCUGGGGACAUAGUUCAGCGACCCAGUGUGUGCUUGGCAAGCACGAGGUCCUGAGUUUGAUUCCCAGUACAAAAAAGAAAAAAAAAAGAA